CAGAUUUGUUCCUGUUUAUUCGCUAGCCCAUCUCUCAGCUUCUACGCUCUCUUCCUUUCCCCCACUUUUCUUCUUCAACAAUUCUCCAUUUCAAAUACAAAGAUUCACAAAAUUAUACAUACAUAUGUAUACGUACGUAUACGCACAUAUAUUGUAUAUAUAGAUAUAUAUAAAUUAUACAAAUAUAGAUAGGUUUUUUGGAAUUGAAAAAUAAGCGGCAAUGGCACUGCUAAGGAAAUUGUUUUAUAGGAAGCCGCCUGAUGGACUAUUGGAGAUCUGCGAGAGAGUUUACGUGUUUGAUUGCUGUUUCACCACUGAUGUUUGGGAGGAAGAAAAUUACAAAGGCUAUGUAGGAGGUGUGAUUAGUCAACUUCGGGAUCAUUACCCUGACGUCUCAAUAUUGGUUUUUAAUUUUCGUGAAGGGGAAUCACAGAGCCCAAUGGCAAAUACUCUGUCUGAGUAUGAUCUGACAAUAAUGGACUACCCUCGGCACUAUGAGGGUUGUCCCUUGCUUUCAAUGGAGGUGAUACACCAUUUUCUAAGAUCCAGUGAAAGUUGGCUCUCACUUGGGCAGCAAAACGUGCUUUUAAUGCAUUGUGAACGGGGUGGUUGGCCAGUUUUGGCAUUUAUGUUGGCUGCAUUAUUGAUAUACAGGAAACAUUACACUGGAGAGCAGAAGACUUUAGACAUGAUUUAUAAGCAGGCUCCUCGUGAGCUUUUGUACUUGCUGCAGCCACUGAAUCCAAUUCCUUCUCAGCUAAGAUACCUACAGUAUGUAGCGAGGAGGAAUGUGAACAUGCAGUGGCCUCCAUUGGAUAGAGCACUCGCUUUGGAUUGCAUCAUUAUUAGGGCGAUACCUAAUUUUGAUGGAGAGGGUGGUUGCCGGCCUAUAUUUCGUAUCUAUGGACAGGAUCCAUUUCUAGUUUCUGAUCGAUCGCCAAAAAUUUUGUUCUCAACUCCAAAGAAGAAUAAAGUUGUCCGUCAUUACAAGCAGGCAGAAUGUGAAUUAGUUAAGAUUGAUAUCAAUUGCCAUAUUCAAGGAGAUGUUGUAUUGGAAUGUAUUUGUUUGCACGAUGACCUGGAGCGGGAACAGAUGAUGUUUAGGACCAUGUUUAAUACAGCUUUUGUUAGGUCAAACAUCUUGAUACUUAAUCGUGAUGAACUUGAUACUUUAUGGGAUGCUAAAGAUCAAUUUCCAAAAGACUUCAGAGCAGAGGUUCUUUUCUCAGAGAUGGACACUGCUGCUUCUGUUCUUCCUGUAGAUUUGUCCUGUUUUGAGGAGAAGGAUGGCCUACCAGUGGAGGCAUUUGCCAAAGUUCAGGAGAUCUUUAACAGUGUAGAUUGGGUAAGUCCGAAGGGCGCUGCUGCUCGUAAUGUGCUCCAACAAAUAACCACGUCAGGUUUGGUCCAGGACAAGUUGGAAUCCACUCCUCCACAGUGUACAGAUACUGGCAUGCUGCUCGAUCAAGCAACUUUAGAGAAGCCUGGAGAGAGGAAAGGACAUGCACCUCUGGACAAUAAUGCUAAGGGCUCGUCGCUAUUUAUGUUGGAGCAGCAGUUGGUGUCAUCCAUCAAAUCAUCCUCCAACGUAGACCAAAGUGACCAACAGAAAGCUGAAUCUCAAUUUGUGGGAACCAGAAGUGAGAUGAAGGUAUCAAAAUUGCAGCCAUCAAUCCCUCUUUCAAAACCUUCUCCUGCUGACCUUAGUACAGAAUCUAGUGCUUCUUCUGAGUCAUCACAACCAUCUCCGCAUGUUCUCCCAACAUCAGGACGUCCUCCACUUGUAAAAGAGUUGGAUCCUCAUAUACAAGAAUGUGGUAAGCUGAGUGACUUCCCUUCCCUACCUGAAACCAAGAGUCUGCCGUUUAAGACUAGUAUUUCAACUUCGCCUCCAUCCUCACCCUUACCUGGAAAGGAUCAGGGUGUUGGUACUGGACCAUCUCUAUCUCCUCCACCAGUGGCAGCACUGCUCACUCCUCCCGCGAAGGAUAAAUUAGUCACUGCAACUGUACCUUUUGCCUCUCAGGCUACUCCUCCCAGAACCCAAGGCCCCCCAAUUGAAUCCUUGAAGGACAGACCUACUAAGUCUCAACCUGAUACAUCUCUGCUUCAUCCAACAGUGCAGCAGCCAGCUGAUGAAGCUGCUAAAAUGGAACCUGCUCCACCUCCUCAUUGUACUGGACUAUCUCUAUCUCCUCCCCCGGUGGCACCAGCACCGCUCACUCCUCCCAUGAAGGAUAAAUUAGUCACAGGAACUGUACCUUCUGCAUCUCCGGCUACUCCACCCAGAACCGAAGGUCCUGCAAUUGUAUCCUUGAAGGAAGACAGACCUACUAUGUCUCAACUUGAUACAUCUCUGCUUCCUGUAACAAUGCAGCAGCCAGCUGAUGAAGCUGCUAAAAGGGAACCUACUCCACCUCCUCAUCCUUCUGGAAGUUGUCCUCCAUCCGUAGCUCCAUCUCCCAGUUCCUCUUCUCCAUCAGCUGCCAUUCCCUUUAUCAAACCUAUGGAACAAAAAGUCAUCCAUAGGAGCAAUAUUUCACCACCGCCACCGCCACCUCCACCUCCACCUCCACAGCGUCCAACCCCUAUAUUGAAUGAGAGUUUUGCUCCUGUUGGUGGAUCACCUCAGCCACCUGCUCCUCCUACCCCACUUUUGAAGGAACAUUCAUCUUUCAGAGGUGUGUCAUCACCUUCACCACCUCCGCCUCCUCUUCCUCGAGACCCAUACCCAUUACUUACCACCCCUGUGUUGAACAAGAAUUCUGCCUGUAGUGGUGGACCGCUUGAACCAGUCCCAGCUUUGAAGGAAAGUUUAGCUUUUAGAGAUAAGCCACUACCGCCUCCACCUCCACCUCCACCUCCAUGCCAAUUGACUACAGCUCCAAUAUUAAAUGCAAAUUCUGGCUCUAUCAAUGGACCGCCUCAACCUCCAUCUACGCCACCUUUGAAGGAAAAAGUAGUUUCCAGCGGUGGAGUACCACCCCCCCCAUGCCAGUUGACUACAACCCCAAUCUUGAAUGUGAAUUCUGCCUCUAUUUGUGGAUCGCCUCAACCUCCACCUCCACCCACGCCACCUUUGAAGGGAAAAGUAGUGUCCAGCGGCGGAGUACUACCAACCCCAUGCCAGUUGACUACAACCCCAAUAUUGAAUGCAAAUUCUGCCUCUAUUGGUGGAUCACCUCAACCUCCACCUCCACCCACUCCACCUUUGAAGGAAAAAGUUGUUUCCCAAAGUGGAGUGCCACCACUUCCCCCUCCACCUCUUCCUGGGCAACCUAUGAAGGAGAACUCCUCGUGUAGUGGUGGACCCUCUCCACCACCACCCCCUCCGUUGCCUGCUGCAGCUUCUAAGCAUACGAAUAUAUCUGCAGUGCCACUGCCUCCUCCUCCUCCUGCAUUGGGCUCUCCACAGAGUGUUCCUUCAGCUCCACCUCCUCCAUUCCCUUCUCUUAAGACGGAUCUAAAACCGGGUUCUGGUCCGACACAGUCAGCAUCAAAAGGUAGUAAUCUCCCUACUUCUCCAUCUCCGCCCCCACCUUCUGCUCCUCCGCCUGGCCUAAAGGGCCGAGGACCAUUAUCUCGUACCAUGAAUUCAAGAAGCCAGUCGUCAAAGAAACUGAAGCCAUUACACUGGUUAAAGAUAUCUAGAGCAGUUUCAGGAAGCUUGUGGGCGGAGGCUCAAAAAUGUAGUGAUGCUCCCAAGGCACCAGAGAUUGAUAUAUCAGAGCUUGAAUCUCUCUUUUCAGCUGCAGUUCCAACUUCAGGACAAGGCGGUCCAGGUGGGAAAAGGAAUUCGAGGACCUCAAUGGGGCAGAAGCCGGAGAAAGUGCAGCUGGUUGAUCAUAGACGGGCUUAUAAUUGUGAAAUCAUGCUUUCUAAGGUGAAAAUACCACUGCAUGAUAUGCUGAGCUCAGUUCUUGCACUGGAAGAUUCAGCAUUAGAUGUGGAUCAGGUGGAGAAUCUGAUUAAGUUUUGCCCGACUAAGGAGGAGAUGGAAACUCUCAAGGGUUAUAAAGGAGAGAAGGAGAAGUUGGGUCGAUGUGAACAGUUCAUGUUAGAGUUGAUGCAAGUACCACGAAUAGAGUCCAAGCUGCGAGUUUUUUCGUUUAAGAUUCAGUUUGAAUCUCAGGUUUCUGAGCUAAGGAAGAGUCUGAAUAUUGUGAAUUCGGCGGCUGAUCAGAUCAAGGGUUCAUCAAAAUUGAAAAGGAUUAUGCAGACAAUUCUCUCUCUCGGAAAUGCUUUGAACCAGGGAACCGCCAGAGGGUCUGCUGUUGGAUUCAGGUUAGAUAGCCUCCUUAAACUAACAGAGACACGUGCGCGGAACAAUAAGAUGACACUCAUGCAUUAUCUUUGCAAGGUACUUGCUGACAAAUUGCCCGAACUGCUAGAUUUUUCUAAAGAUCUGUCUAGCUUGGAACCUGCAGCAAAGAUACAACUUAAAUUUCUUGCAGAGGAAAUGCAAGCUAUUAGCAAAGGACUGGAGAAAGUUGUACAAGAACUGUCCAUGUCUGAAAAUGACGGAAUUGUGUCCGAGAACUUUCGCAAGGCUUUGAAGGAGUUCCUUUGUCAUGCUGAAGGUGAAGUGAGGUCCUUGGCUCAACUUUAUUCUGGUGUGGGUAGAAAUGUUGAUUCAUUGAUUCUUUACUUUGGAGAAGACCCAGCUCGUUGCCCAUUUGAACAAGUUAUCUCAACGUUGCUAAACUUCCGAAGGAUGUUUAAUCAAGCCCUAGAGGAAAAUCGCAAGCAGAUUGAGUUUGAGAGAAAGAAAGCAGAGAAGGAAGCAUUGGAGAAUCAGAAAACGAGUCAUUCAGAGAAAACUUGACCCAUUCUGCAUAGUCUGAAAUAAUGUACUCUUAUAUGGAAAUAUCAUCAUGGCAAAGCUUGGCCGAGAUCGAAGAUCCUGGGGAGCGAGAAAUCAGUUAUCUGACUGUAUAAAGACGAUGUACAUUUUCUGUGGAAACACCGGAGAUACGUUGGUGUAGGUUUGAAUGCUUCCCAGUGCUCCUCUUUUAUUAUUGAGAGAGAAUCGGGGAGUAUGCAGAUGGAAUUACGUUGGGGCGGUAGGCUAAUUGUACAUACUAGAAAAAGAAUGUAGAAAUUCUUGGAGGUGAUGCCUUUUUUUCUUCUUGGUGAUAACCUAGAGCUAAUAGUUUCAUUCUUUAUUAUCUGUAUUUCAUGCUGAUGAUCCUAGUUUGAUCUAGUUUUGUGGUCAUCAUCCUGUUCAAUAAAAAUAGUUGUUUAUGUUAAGUUCCUUUAUAGCGAUAUCUCUCUCGUCAAGUCAUUUAUUUUUCGA